UAAAGCCAGUAAACUUAGGAAAGUAAAUAUCACGUUUGAGUGCAAGACGUUUGACAGACGCCAGCGGAGACGUGGUUAAGAGUUUGGGACAGGGUUCACUAACACAUGUAGGCGGAUUUGUUACGAGCUAACAAAACCCGUUGGCCGUCGAGUGAAUUAACCAGCCGUCUGUGCGGAUGUGGAACAUAUUAUAUUUCUCCUGUAGAAAGUGUAUUGGAACCUUUGAUGCCACUAUAUUUUUGAAGCCAUGUCAUCUCAUAAUUCAGGGGCUUCUACGCCCCAAUUGCCAAAUAGCCCUGAAGCGGAGGAGAUGAAUGCUAAGGCAUCAACCAAAUCAUCAGGAAACGCAAGUCAGGAAAAAUGCUUUCUGUAGAAGUUCGAUUUUUGGAUGAAUCAGUGGCAAAUUUUCAAAUACAGUACAAGGCAACAGGAAAUGUUCUGUUUGACCAAGCUUGUAAGAUGCUCAACCUGUUGGAAGUAGAUUAUUUUGGUUUGGAGUAUGCAGACUCCAAUAAUACAAAGUAUUGGCUGGACCAAGAUAAACCUAUGUGUCGACAGCUGGGGCUGUCUCUUGUUAACCCUGUGAUGUACUUUCGUGUUAAAUUUUAUACCCCUGACCCAGCUCAUCUGGAAGAAGAAUAUACAAGGUAUCUUUUUAGUCUACAAAUUAAGCAAGAUCUUGCCCAAGGAGCAUUACAGUGUAAUGACAAUACAGCUGCUCUUAUUGCUUCCUAUAUUGUUCAAGCUGACUGUGGUGAUUACAGCUUAGAUGAUUACCCAGAUCAUACCUACUUAUCUUCAUUCAAAUUUGUACCUCAUCAAGACGAUGAAUUAGAACGGAAAAUCAUGGAAAACCACAAGAAACAUGCAGGCCAGUCACCAAGCGAGGCUGACAUGAACCUACUGGAAACUGCUCGCCGCUGUGAACUGUAUGGGAUAAAAAUGACUCCUGCGAAGGACCAUGAUGGUGUACCCCUUAAUCUUGCUGUUGCUCACAUGGGAAUACUAGUAUUUCAGCACUCAACUAAAAUCACCACCUUUUCUUGGGCAAAAAUACGAAAGCUUAGUUUCAAGAGGAGGAGGUUUAUAAUCAAACUACAUCCAGAAGGCUCUGGUUUCUACAAGGAUGCUGUGGAGUUUUUCUUUGAAGGGAGAAACAGCUGCAAGAAUUUCUGGAAAAAGGGUAUAGAAAAUCAUGGGUUCUUUCGCUGCUCAGAAGUCCGCAAGUUGCCUCGCCAGAGAGCCCGUAUCUUCAGUCGAGGAUCGUCAUUUCGUUAUAGCGGUCGAACGCAAAAACAGAUUACAGAAUUUGUGCGGGAAAACUUUGUCAAACGUCAACCAUUUCAAAGCAGAUCCACUAGCCUCCGGAUCCCGAGCACGUCUCGUCGAAGUGUAGGAAAUUCUGUUUUGGGCCAGCCACUCCUUCCUGUCACCAGUAGCCAAUCUUGUGGCUCUGUGGCCCUGAAUGACAGCGGGCCCAUUUUCACUGCAUCAGAGCCCCGGCCCAUCUCUGCUUCUCAGCCAAGUUCUCCAAGAACCAUCCAGGAACCUGAACGAAUGGCCAUCAACGGGACAGUAUACAGUGAAGAGAAGGAGAGGCCAGCCAGGCAGAGGGAUUUUUCUUCAGGUUUGGAGUCCCCUGACUUUGAAUAUGACAAAGAUGGCUUGUACAGUCCUGAUGCUAUAGGCCAUGAUACUGAUGAUAACCUAUCACAUGAUUCAUAUCAUUUAGAGGAACAUAUUGUAGGUUUAGAGUCUCCUUAUUUUUACCAUUCGUCAACAAAGGGUAAUGUCAGUCCUACAAGCUGUCGCGAUGGAAGCACUGUGAGAAGUGAAGCAUCAUUCUCCUUGUGUGUCCCUUCUAGUACUGAUGACCUUACCCAAUCACCUAUCACCCCUAUGAAGGGUGUGAAAAAUGGGUCUGACCUUCUAGCUUCUCCUGAAACAAAUUCAGAGAAGAGGAAACAGAAAACUACUCCAGACAUUGCAUACUUCAUAGCAAAAGAACUGUUGAUGACAGAGAGGAAGUACAAAAAGGAACUGGAACUAAUUAAUAUUUGGUUUAGAGAGGAAGUUAGUAAAGAAGAGAACAUGCCCACUGAGGUCCUUGCUCUUCUCUUUUCAAUUUUGGAUCCACUUUAUGAAUUUCAUUGUGGUUUUUUGAGGGAUCUGGAGCAACGAUUGUCUACUUGGGAAGGAAAAGGAGGAAAUACCAACCACACACCUCUUUUUGGAAUUGGUGACAUUUUUUUUCAGAAUAUUCAUAUAACUGAGCUAUAUGAUCGAUAUCUUGAGAAACUUCCUCUGGUACUAGAAAGAAUAAGUAGUGCCUAUAAAUACAAUCAACAUUUUGAACAAAUAUAUCGUGACUUUGAACUGCAGAAAGCUUGUUAUUUACCUCUAUCAUACUUCCUUUUGGCUCCUGCUUAUCGAUUGACACUUUACUGUGCUAUAUUGCAGAGACUUGUUGAUCAUUAUGAAGAACAUCAUCCAGACCAGAGACAUUGCAAGAUUAUUCUGAUAAAGCUUCAGCAAGUGACUGCAUCAUACAAAGAAACUGUAAAGGCCAUGGAAAACUAUGUAAAACUGAUGGACCUACACCAUGAAAUGGUGGGAAUUGAUGAUCUUCAACAACCUAGCAGGGAAUUUAUCAGAGAGGGAUGUCUUCAGAAACUGUCAAGAAAAGGAUAUCAACAGAGAAUGUUCUUCUUGUUUUCAGAUAUGCUGCUGUAUGCAAGCAGAAGCUCCAAUCCUCGUCUGCAAUUCAAGGUUCAUCGACAGCUCCCUCUAGAAAGUGUUAUGGUUGAAGAAACUGAGCCUAAGAUGGGAAUGGAUUUCUGUUUUACAGUUUAUGGUGGGAAUCAAGCACUAAUGGUAGCGGCAAGCUGUGAGGAAGAAAGACAGAAGUGGUUGACAGAUCUGAUAAAAGCUAUUGACUGUGCUAGAGAUCAGAGGGUUGGAAAUUUUCUCUACUCUAGUCUACAUUCCUGCAGUUCCUCUGAUGAAUUAUUGGAUAAAAUAGAUGGUCAACGUUCAUUAUUUACUCCACCUGCUCAACCAGAAGGAGGCAGCACCAAUACAAGUGAGAAGCAGGCACAACACAGGGCAACUACAACUGUUCAUGUGUGUUGGCAUCGAAGCAUGAGUGUCGGAAUAGAGGAUUUCAGACAAUCUAUGGUGAACCAACUGAGUGGUUAUUUACUGAGAAAAUUUAAAAACAGCAGUGGAUGGCAGAAACUGUGGGUUGUUUUGGCUAACUUUUGUCUCUUUUUCUACAAGUCAUACCAGGAUGACUUUCCAUUAGCCAGUCUCCCCUUAAUGGGCUACCAAGUUACAACACCAAAUGAACAAGACAAUAUCAAUAAAGACUGUGUCUUCAAAUUGCAGUUCAAAAAUCAUGUUUAUUUUUUCAGAGCUGAGAGUCAGUAUACAUUUAGCAGGUGGGUGGAGGUCACUGAAAAUGCUACACUGCACCACAUUUCUGUCUAAGAUACUGAAGGGUGAGCUGAGACACCAGAAUAAAGAUCUGAAAAGAAAACUAGGUGAUAAAUGUAAAAGAUACUGCUAAGAUAAAGUAACCUUUAUUAUUAAAUAUGUUUUUUGUACUAUUAGGUGCUUGAAUAACAAGAAAAUAAUUAAAAAAAUACAGGCUGUUAUAUUUUAGGGUAUGUUGUUUAAACCAAAAUGCUAAUUAUGAAUUUGUUUAUAACAUGUAGGAAAUAUAUUUUAUAUAAAACAUAUACUUGCUAUUAAAGAUAAAUUAUUUUCUCAGAGGCACUGUACCAUAGAUUCUUUCUUGAAUUCUUGUGUUAAAAUUUGUGUAUUUCCUCAAUUGUUAAUGUUACUUGAGCAAGGAAAUAUGUUAUGCUAAUAUGAUAAGAGGUAGGCAAACAAUGAUUUAUAAGCUUAAAGAAGAAUUUUAUUUAAGGCCGAACAAAACAUAGUAUGUUCUGCCAUCAAUAAAACUCUUCCUUAUGCCUACCUAUAACUAUAAAAAUUAUAUUAGACUUUAAAAUGAUACAGAGGUGGUUGUAGUCAAGAAAAGGUUAAUUAAUGGAAUAUAAUAACCUUCUCAAUAGUUGAACCCAGCCAAUGUGGUAUCAUGGUGUUUUAGGAACUGGAAAUUACCCACCAUUAGACGCUAGCUCUGACCUUUGAGAUAAACACCUUGUAUUUUCUGUAUAGUUUAAUUUAAAUUGUGCCUUUCAACCAAACAGCAGUCUGGAUAUUAUUGCAAAUUUCUCAGCAUCCUCUAGAUAAACACUUUCAAUAACUGAAAUGAGUUCCGUCCAAUUCUUCUUUUAAACAUAUAACCUCAUCCACUGUAGCUUUUCUAAAAUUACAGAACUUUACCACACAACCAAAAUAUAUGUUAGUGAAUGAAUAACUUGAAACUGUUUGGACUGCCACAUUAUGUUUUGUUACACAAACAGUGAUUUUCUGUUUAUAUUUAAACCAGAGUUGACCAGUUUCUGAUUGUAUUGCAGUUGUGUAAAAUGGUAAGGUGAUGACAUAUAUGAAUAAGUAUCAAAGUUUUACUACAUUUGUAGCAAUCUAACUUUUAUGUGUAUGCAGCUAGUUUUUUUUGUAGCCUAUUACAAUUUAAGCUAUGUAUAUCAAAGUGUGUUGUUUUGUGUCUAAUAUUUUAAAGCAUUUUGUUACAAGACUGUUUUACAUGCAUAUAUAAUAAAAGCUCAGGUUUUUAUAAAUAUGAGA